GAAAUUUCCAUGGAGUAUAAUUUCCACAACUCGAAAACUUCCUAAUCUUCAAGUGCUCAAGUUAGUGGGUGCAAAAAGAGGUGGGACGGAAAUAUGGAACAUGGAAGAAGGGGAAUUCCCUAAACUCAGGUUUCUAAAAUUGGUUUCCUUGCGCAUUGUGAGAUGGACAGGCUCAGGUGAUCAUCUUCCUUGUCUUCAGAAAUUAGUCAUGGAACGCUGUGGAAAAUUGGAAGAGCUCCCUUCAUGUUUAGGGUAUAUUCCGACUCUUGAAAAGAUUGAGGUGCGUCAGUGUCGACCCUUUGUACGAAGUUUAGUCCACGAGAUAGGGGAAGAACAGAUGAGAGGGGGAAAUGAGGAUCUGAAGAUCCUUAUCUUAGAGGAGAUUGAGGAUUCAUCUUCAUCAGAUUCAGUUGAUGGGAGAUAUGUUCUUUUGUAGGAGGAGCGCAAAAUCAAUUGUGGCAGAAGCUUGUGAAUUUCAGACAUGUCUCUGAGUUUCACUAGAGGUUUGCUCGCUGUCCCAAAAUGUUGGAGCAGGGCAUUUAUUGUCGCUUUUCUGGUAACUAGAUGGGCAUUGUCUAGGUUUCUACUUUAGGUGAUGAGUAAUACUGAUAAACUUAUUAGCCUUUCUUUCCCUUUGUUACAGGUAGUUUGAGUUUCUCUAUAUUUGAUGGUCGAUGACAUGCAGAGCUAUGUAUAUGAGCUAAAUAUUGUACGAAAUUUUCUGGCUCAUUCGUCAGA